UUUCGUACAAUUACUGAACUUGUAUAUAAUAAAUGUUAUACUAAAGAAAUAUUAGAAAUAUACCCUUAUCUUAAAGUUGGAGAACAACUUUGUCAUCUACAUUAUUGUAAACUCGUAGAACUAGAUAGGGAUCGCCAGGAGUAUAAAUCAAAAAAAACACAUGACAAUAAUCAAGCAAAAAAAACAAUGGAGCCUUUACCAAACAAUAAUGAUAAUGUAGUUAGUAUAUUUAAAUUAUAG